AAGAGAUAAAAAACAUAACCUUAUUUUAUUUUCCAAAAUUCAAAAUAAACAUUUUGAGCUAUUUUUAUAUUUAUAUAAAUACUUUUUUAAUCCCUCACUAUGAGUAAUAUUUAUAUUUUAGAACCUCCAACUUCCGGAAAAGUAUUACUUAAAACAACAGCUGGAGAUAUCGAUAUUGAAUUAUGGGCUAAAGAAACGCCUAAAACUUGUCGAAAUUUUCUCCAGUUAUGCUUAGAAGGCUAUUAUAAUAAUACAAUAUUUCACAGAGUAGUCAAAGGAUUUAUAGUUCAAGGUGGUGAUCCUAAGGGUGAUGGUACAGGAGGAGAAUCAAUAUAUGGUGAACCAUUUAAAGAUGAGUUUCAUCAACGAUUGCGUUUCACCCGUCGAGGCUUACUUGCGAUGGCGAAUGCUGGAAAAGAUGAUAACGGCUCCCAAUUCUUCUUCACACUUGAAGCAACACCAGAGCUACAAAACAAACACACAAUAUUUGGAAAAGUUACAGGUGAUACUGUAUUUAACAUGAUUAAAUUGGCUGAAGGACUUAUUGAAGAUGAACGACCAGUAUAUCCUUACAAAAUAUUAAAAACUGAAAUUUUACACAAUCCAUUUCCAGAUAUUGUGCCGAGAGUCAAAGAGGUUCAAGUUAAAGAAAAGAAAAAAAAGGAAAAGAAAGUGGGUGUUAAAGAUUUCAAACUUUUAUCCUUUGGAGAAGAAGCUGAAGAGGACGAAGAAAUAUCAGCUAGAGAAAAUGAAAAAUUAUCAUCAAAAGGAAAAUCUUCACAUGAUAUUCUUAAUGAUCCGAAAUUAAGUUCUCAAACAGAAGAAAUCCCAAAAGAUUUAGAAAAUGCGGAAAGUGAAGAUGAUACAGAGAGGCAGCUGGAAAGUAUCAGAAAAAAACUUAAAACUGGGCACAAAAAAUCAUCCAAAUUGGUAGAAACUAAAACAAAAAGAACUGUUAUUGUUGAUGAUGGUGACCAGGAAUUGGAGGACUAUUAUCUCAAUAAAGAUAGAGACAUUGAAAGACAGAAAAAAGUGGAAGAAUUGAAGAAAGAGAUUAAAAACGUAAAAAAAGAAUAUCAUGAAAAUAAACUGAAGAAAGAAGAUCAAAAAGCCAAAGAAUCAAAAGAUAGCAAAGAGAAAGAUGAAACUUUCCAAGAAUAUAAUGAUGAAGUUGACAAAUACAAAAAGCUAAAGGUCUCACUACCUAAAAAAGGAGCUGAAAGAGAGGCAUUUACACUACAAUUGUUAGAAAACUUCAAGAAGAAACUACACUCUAGUAAGGAAUCUGAACCUGUGAGUGAGGAAGAAGAAACAGAUAAUAAAAAUGAAAAUAUUGAUAAGGAUGAAACUUGGCUACACCACAAACUACAUUUCACAGACAAUCUAGUUUUGGCCAAAGAUGCCAACACUAAAGACGACGAUUGGUUUGAAAUCUACGAUCCAAGAAAUCCUCUUAACAAAAGAAGGAGAGGGGAACCAACAAAAUCCAAAAACUCGUAAUUUCUAAGGGAAAACUAUAUUAUUUUUUACUUUAUUUAUACAUGGAUGGUACAACAUAAUGUAACUUCUAAACAGAUUAAAUUAAAGCUGAAAAUUAAAGGUAAUAAAUCAAUCAA